AGCUUUUGUUAUAAAAAAUGCGAUACUGUGUGACAGUGUUGUCUUUGCCUGUUCAAUUGACAAAUAAAAAAAUUUAAAGAACAGAAAAUUGACAAAUUGCAGAUGUAAACAAAACAACAGGAAACAAGUAGGUACCGUAUCUAGUUAAUCAUAUUUUAGAGGGCUUUUAAAGUUUCAAAAUAUAAAUACUACAUAGUACUUACCCAAUUUAACACAACAAACAAAUAAAUCAACACGGAAGAUAGGAUGUCGACCAAAUCAAAAAAUAUCUUUAGUAGGAGUAAACCGUUGAUGAAUAUUUACAGUGGUUAUGACGAUGAAGGCAAAGCGGUGGAAGUUAGAGAAGAUGCAGAGCAAUUAGUGAAGUGGCAUGAGAUAUCUGAUGCUCUGGUUGCAGCUGGAUAUUAUCGUGCUCAGCUUCAGGGCCUUUCAGAAUUUGAUAAAAUAGUUGGAGGGCUCACAUGGUGUAUCGAACUAUGUGAUAUUGAUGUUGAUAUAAGUUUAUUAUUUGAAGAAAACCUUACAAUUGGAAAGAAAAUAGCCUUAACAGAGAAAAUUGUAAAAAUAUUACCAUCAAUGCAAUGUCCAUACACAAUAGAACCUCAUCAAAUACAAGGUCUAGAUUUCAUAAAUAUAUUUCCUCUUGUCCAAUGGCUAAUUAAAUACUCCAGUGAAUUCAGGGAGGCUAAGGAGGAUGAACUCAGAAGAUUUGCUGUGUUACAAUAUGAAAAAAAUUACAUAUUUGAAUCGGACAGAGCUAUGUUCUUAAAAAAAGAAAAUUUGUUGAAAACUAUUGUUGCAGUGCAGAACAUGUACAAACCAUGUCGUGUGCGUAAAAGGAAAGGUGGUUUACCGGGGAGUGAGCUGGAACAAGUCAAUGCGACACUCUCUGAAUAUGAUCAGAGAAUGCUGAUGCAUGUAACAACAAAUAAGGACGAUUCUAACAAUGAUGAGGGUCUUGAUUUCUUGUAUGAUUAUGAAAAAACACUUGCUGAUCCUUCUCAGAUUACUACUGAAACAGAUGUAUUCAAAAAGGAUGAACAUACUAUAAUUGAUGAUCCAAACAUGAAAGUCCAUUAUGCGGUAUUGCAUUCUGAACUUACUGGGGAAAUGUCAAAGGAAUUAGAGGAAAGUGAAAAGUUUAAAUAUAGUGAAGAUAUCGAGAAACUUACUAAAGCUAUAGAUGUUAUGCAGAGAGAAGUGGAUGUUCUUAAACAACAACACGAAGCAAGAAUGGAAAAUGCUAAAAAACAGUACAGCAACAAAAUUGGAAAAUUGCAGAAGAUUACAUUAAAAUUGAUGAACACUAAUAAUUAUAGUGAUAAAGAUGUGAAAGAGUUCUACAAAUCACUAAAAGACUUGGGAAAAGAACAGAAUGAGCUUGUGAAAGUAGUUCAGCACAGAGACAGGGUUUACAAGAAAUUAGAAGAAGAACUAAGAACUGCAAAGAGUCCAGAAACCGCAGUGGAGGAGACGCCGCUAACGCCUGAAGAAUUGAAAGAAGUACGCGAGAGAGAAGAGAAGCUGAAGUCGUUUAUCACGACCACGAGGCUUGAGGUCGCCAAGUUGAACCGCGAGGUGGUCCGGUACACGCGCGCCCUCGACGACGUGCCUGGCGCCGCCGAGCUGCUGCAGUACGAGAAGAGAUUUGUCGAGCUGUACAACCAAGUUGCCUCGAAGCACAAGGAAACGAAACAGUACUACAUAUUCUACAACACCCUGUACGAAGUUAAACUGUACACCUCGAAGGAGUUGAGUUUGCACAAUUCGAUUCUGGACAAUUACGAAGAAGCGAUGUCGUCGGUAAGGAAGCGGGAAGAGUUCAUGUCUCAAUUCGAAAAUAUAGUCGAGUGGGUCAAUCAAACUGUGAAGAAAGUCGAGGAUAAGUACAGAGCCGAGAAGGAACGCAAGGCGGAUCUGUACAACGAGUACUCGAGGUUAAUGAAUGUGCAGAGGCAGUACGGCGCCGCCCUCAAGAAGUUGGCUGAAGAAAGACAGAAGAUAACCAGACGCACGCAACCGAAGAAAGAAGUAUAGUCGAUGGGUGUAAUACGUAUGUCCCGCUGCUUCGAUCAUUUUGAAUUUCCUCAAACUUUCCUUCUUUUUUUUUCUACCUAAGCUUGCCUUGAGCCUUGAGAGGCUAAUUCAGCGUAAUCUUAACUAGUAGGUGAGCUCACGGGGAUCAGGAGCAGUGCCUCGCAAAAUAUACCACCGGAUCGGAAACGCGAUCCACUGAGAAGAUUUGGUGAGAAACUCAACGGGCUGUGUCUGUGGGGUAAUUUACACGCCGAGCCCCGAGACGAUGACCGGUGCUUGAGGUACCUAAAAGCACCGUUAGUGGAUCGGGAGGAUCCGAAAUGACGUAUUUUGGGCGACGUCGACCGCUUUCCAUUCUGUCCGCAGGAUCAGGAAUGCAAACUUUCCGACUUCUGUCGCAACCUCACGGGCUAUACGGUCUCGCUCACCGUUCAAGCAUCGAUACGUAUCUAGCGAUGCACCGGUGUUCGAAUCCCGCAGGCGGGUACAAAUUUUUCAAAUGAAAUACGUACUUAUCAAAUGUUCACGAUUG